AUGUCGUUAAGUAAUUCAAAAUCACCAAUUUGCGAACAAAAUGAAUUACUUGAAGAUUUGAAAAGAAAACUUGAUAAUAUUGAAUGUUUUUUAGAUGGAAAACAUGAAAGAAAACAUUUAUUAAAAAGAUUGAUAAAUAAUAAUCAUGAACACAAAGAAGAAACAAAUUUUACCGAUUUUAUUGAUUUUUACAAAAAUACAUGGUUAGAUAGUGUGCAAAAAGGAGUUAAUUAUGGAAAUAGUGUUUUUCCAGUUAUAGGAGGUGCAGUUGGUGGAUUAUUAGCAUUCGGUGCUGGUUAUUUAUCAUUUGGUACUGAAUUAAAAGAUCAAUUUGAAAUUGAUGUAAAGGAUGAAACAUAUCGUCAAAUGGGAUUGAAAAAUCCAGAAAUUGAAAAUGAAGAUAAUUUCAAUUGGUUUCGAGAAGAAGUUACAAAUACAAUGUUAAAUUAUUCUUCUUUACUUACGAUUGAAGAUGGAAUAAAUAAUUUAAAAGAAUACAAGAAUUCUGAAAAUUUUAAAUAUCUUGUUAAUCGUGAAGCAAUGCGACA